AUCACCGUUGCAACGCCCCUGAAUCCAACGCAAAAACAUUUCUAUUGCUUUUUUGUCAUAAUCUAAUUGAUAAGAUACGGGUAACGCAUAAUACUGUCAGAUAAAAGACAGUACAUUUCUGUAAUCGUUGCAAUCACACGUACCCAUUAUAAGUGCUAUAUUUGACAAUGAAAAAAAUUCCGAGAAUAAAGUAUAAUUAUAACAAAACAAAUGAAACUUUAUGUGUAUCUCGUGAAGAUAUAGAGUUGGAUGACAGAGGAACAACAUCUUACGAGGCUGCCGUUUACAAUUAUCCGGAAGAGACAGAAUUAUUAAGAGGCGAAGAUGAAUUAUUUAGUAAUGGAGAAAAUGAAGGGAUAAAAAUAAAAAGUGAUGGAAGCAAUAAGAUUACCAAUAUGGGUGGAUUAAAAAUUGCCACAACUUACCAAUUGGAGAAUUAUAAAAAAAAAGACCUUCUUAUUUUCAAUCAUAUAGAGUGUGUUAAUCAUAAACCAAGAAAAGGGACAGAAAAAGACGUUGAAGCUUUGACGAAUACAUUUAAAAAAUUAGGAUUCGACGUGUUACUUUAUGAAGAAAAAACAGAGAGAGAAAUUUGCAAAAUAUUGCAAGAUUAUACGGAUCCACGAAAAAAAAACUUCACCAAUCACGGUUGUAUUAUGGUGGCGGUGCUUACGCAUGGGGAAUACGAUGGAAGACUGAUGGCGAAAGACGACAGUUACCAUGAACAGCUAAUUAUUAAUUAUCUAAAUGCUUGCAGAGGUAAAGAUGAUAUUAGAGGUGUCGGGGUACAUCAGCCGGAUGUUCACAAUAUUGGCAGAGAUGUUACCAAAUUCAAUCGUUACUAUACUCUGCAAUUGGAACCAGAUAUGUUGAUAUUACAUAGUUCUUAUAUUGGAAGUCCAGCUUACAGGGAUAAUAAGAAUGGUUCUUGGUUUAUACAAACUCUAUGCAAGGAAAUAGAUGAUCGCGCGUCCACUGAAGAUUUGAGGUCAAUUAUAACGAUUGUGAAGAGAAAAAUUGCCAUAGACAGAACACAUGAGGUAUACGAUUCGAAAGAAGAGCAAACUUUGUACAAUAAACAGAUGCCCGUGUCGACAUCCACGUUGACGAAGAAACUGUAUCUAAGAGAAUAUCGUUAUAAACCAAUUGUGUAUACUGACAACGAUCUCUCAUCGCGUGAUGACGGCAACUGUAUUGACGUGAUUUGGAACUGUAUAGUGAAUUAUUUUUACUCUGCGAUGGAAUGUUUCAGGUAUGCUGCUGGCCUUUUAAAAAGGAAUAUGCUCUUUUCUUGAAGGUUAUGAUGUCGUAUCGGUUCGGAAAUACUGCUGCUGGAAGUUGAAUCCAAAGAGUGGUUGUGCGUGGAAGAAAGUGCCUUGAAAAACGCACGGUGGAAGACCGCCACUCGUCAAGAUAGUUGGGAUACAACUUUAGUUCUAACAUAUAUUGCCAACAGCAUGCCAAAAGAUAUCAAGGAAAAAACCAUGUAGAUAAUCUAAAUAGAAAACUUUGUAGUCUAGCAUACGCUACUUACGUCUAGUUAAAUCACUAGUAACAUACGGCAUUACUUAUGUUCACCAGCGGACAGUUAAAGGCUGGUAUGAUGACGAUGAUGUCACUUUAUGUCCGGAAAAUACUGAGAUCUUUGAUUGAAAUGUUAUCCAUUUCAUUGGUCUUCUUUAAGUUAAUUAAACAAGUAUUAUUGUUAAGCCAUUCAGUUACUAAUAUCAAUGAUUUAUUAAUGUCAGCUUCAUAAAGGUUAAUAUCAAUACAAUUGUGAUAGUGUUAUCAUCAGUAAAUAAUGUCACAGGUCACAAAAUUUGGCAAGUUAUUAAUAUCACUUGCAUAUACAUGGUAAGAGCGACUAAUUAUCGUGGAAAGAAGAUUAAUAAAUAUAGAAAACAUUAAAGGGUAAAAGAUGUCACCUUGCGGAACACCUGAUGGGAGAUCUUUUCAAUCAGACAGCUCGCAGACUAUACGGACAACUUGUCGUUGUUUACGAAGGUAAGACGUGAACCAGUCCAAGGCAGAAGGCGAGAAAUUGUGAUGAUUAAGGAUCGCAAGUAAGAUAUCGUGAACUAUGUUGAAAGCAUUGAAAAAGUCAAUUAAAAUAAGAAUGGUGACCAAUCUAUCUUUUAUGCCCGAACGGAUAUCUUCAGUUACUUUGAGUAGUACUAUACCCAAGUCGAAAACUGGAUUGAAAGGGAGUAAGGAUAUUAUUUGCAAAGAUAAAGGAGGACACUUGCUUAUGUGCUGCAGUUUCAAAGACUUUAGAAAUAAAAAGUAAAUUUUUAAAUCGGUCUAAAUUGACUUAAUUGUGUGGAGACUUUAAGAAGAGAUAUGAUAAAAAAAAAUUGUCAAAAACGAGGGAAACUCCGAGAAGAAACAGAUAUAUAUAUAUAUAUAUAUAUAUAUAUAUAUAUAUAUAUAUAUAUAUAUAUAUAUAUAUAUAUAAAUUAAUACAUACAUAAACAUACCAUUGCUUAAUAGCACACACAUAACAAGAGAAGCUGAAAGAGGAAGAUGAAAAGAGAACACAGGAAGACAGUAGUUAAAGGAAGAAAUAGUAGGAAUUAACAGAGGUUUUGGAGUUAGCUAAUUUAUAUUGUUUAAUUAGUGCAAUAAUGUUUAUUUGUAAUUGUAUGAUAUGCCAAGAUUAUUUAUAAAAAAAUAUAAAUUAAAAAAAAAAUUAAUACGACACAGUUUCAUUUGUUUAGACAUAAAUAGAUGUCAGACAUUCUUUUGUAGUAAGACGUUUAAACACGUAUAGAACACCUGUCUAUCACAAGUUUAUUUAUUCCGUGGUAAGACGGACAUUUUAUUUUAUUUUAAACGAAAUUGUUAGCAAUUAUUAAAAUAAAUAACAGUAAGAA